CCAAACAUGACAUCAUGGCAGUUGAAUUCCUGCGCCUAUGUACCAUGCAUGACUACCCCAACACUAAUGGACCAAGCCUAUUGAGACUUGCCGAGGCGGGCUUCUUCUAUGAGGGAAAUGGAAACGAACUGGUCUGUUUCUCUUGUGAUUUCCGAAAAGGAAACUGGAAUUAUAAUGAUUCUCCCAGAGAAAUUCACCAGAGGAUGUCUCCAAACUGUAAAUUCUUAUCGCAAGGUGGUGAUGAUAAUGUCCCUGUGCCUAGAGAAGAGUCUACACAAGACCUUGUUCCCCUUCAGAGUGCCCCUCAGGUAGGAGUUGUGGAACCUGACGGUCCACUGGCAGGCUAUAAUGCUUCUACAUCUAACAACACGGCUCACCUGGCUAGUGCUAAUUAUAUCGACGGACAGGACCAACCAGAUACGACGAGACGUACUAUGGUGGUAAAACACCCGAAGUACGCUAGUCGCCCCGCCAGACUGGCCUCCUAUGCUAAUUUUCCUCGCCACAUGAAGCAACAUCCAGCUAAUAUGACAGACGCUGGGUUUUACUACGCAGGUUUCGAGGAUUGUUGCAGAUGCUAUCAUUGUGGAAUAGGUCUUAGAAACUGGGACCCUGAAUUCAACCCAUGGAUUGAGCAUGCACUAUGGUCUAUGGAAUGCCCUUACAUUCUAAAAAUAAAAGGGCAGGCCUUUAUUGACCUUGUGCAGGAAGCUGUCCGAGCCGCAGAAAUGGCCCAGAAUGAUGAAGAUAGUGAGGCAGACGGGGCUGGUGUAAGUGUAGAUUUUUGUUACUUACACUGUUGCAUCAAUCUGCAGAGUUGUAGCUCAUUUGGCCCUGAAUGAUUAAUGAUGGAGAGCCAAUCAUUUUUCAAGGACCAAGUGAACUAUAGAUAAGAGAUAGAGUCUAAAUACAGCACCAUUGAAUUUUUUGGCAUAUGUAAAAUC